UAAGGUGAACCGUCAUUCCCUCUGCACGCAGUGACGCAGCUGUCUUGCCGCCGCCGGCGUCCCCGUCCCAAACGUGCGCGCGGCCUUGCCUUCCCGUCCCGCCGCGAUGGCCGCCGGCGCCAAGCCCGAUACCACCGCGUCUCCGGCUCCGCAGCCGCCUUCGGCGGCGAAGGGGGUCUUCAUGCGCCGCAUCUUUCCCUUCCUCCUCGCAACCAACGUCUUCAUCGGAGUUUAUGUAUUUGCCAAGACCUACAAAAGAGACCAGGAAAAGAAAAAUGCUCAGGCUACUGCUGCUGCUGCCGCUGCUGCUGCCGCUGCUGCUGCAGCAUUGUCAUCCCCAGCAAGUACAACUGCCAAGGCUCCAGAUCCUACUCCUGCACCAGUGCCCAAAAGGGUUCUCCCACCACUAUCCGAAGAUGAGCAGCGGCAUCUGUACAAAUGGAUGCUGGAAGAGAAGCGGAAGAUCAAACCACGCAAUUCCACUGAGAAGAAUAAGAUCAAUGAGGAGAAAGCUCUUCUCAAGGAGUUCAUUCGGGCAGAGUCUCUCCCUCGUUUGUGAUGGUUACAUGGGCUGUCCUUCUGAUCUUUUUUUUUUUCUCUCCACCCGCAGUCUGUCCAGUGAGGACAUCGUCUGAAACUACAUUGCCUUGUUUGUUGGCACAAACGUUAGCAUUUCUUUGCACUAUCACAUCUCUUCAUUUGACAGUAAGAAGGCCGAGUGGCUCCAAUCUCCAGGUAACUAUUUUGUUCUCAUGAAAACUUACUUUGAUCGGGGAAACUCUGAGAGAUGUUUUGGAAGCUUAUUGCUGCUGUGAAGCGUUCUAAUUGACCUGCUGAUAAUGGCUCCUACUAGCUAUGCUCAGCUAUUCUUAUGUAAGAUGUGAAUUGAGCUAUUCAACUGUUAGUGUUUUACAUAUUCCUGGCCCCUUUUAAUACUCCUAGCGUUGCUCCGGAUUAUGGUGUAAUACUAAAGCCGCCGGUGAAGGUCUAGUGAAUUGUGCUGAGUAUACUUUGAACUCGUUGGUCUCUGAGUUUGUUCGACGGUACUGUUA